UUCGUGACGCCAGAGGUCGGGGGCUUCCUGUCGCCCUCUUCCUCUCGUAGCCGUUCUGGCUCAAGCCCUGCUGGUUCAAGGGGUGUGUCUCCGAUCUCAUCGGAUUUUUCCUCCGUGCGGCCCCUCCUGCCGGGUGGCCAUGCUCAGCAAGCCCGCGGCCUUCCUGUCCUCCGCGCCCUCGGCGCAGGUGGCGCCCUUGGCGCCACAGCCGCCGGCUGCGCCCGCUCAGGCUGGCGCGGCGCCCGCGGAGGCGUGGGCCGCACGGCCCGUGGCCGCCGCGGCGGCGGCCGGAGCGGCGGGUGCGUGCCUCGGCCUCGCGAGGGGUCGCCCCAGGUCCGGGAGGCGGGGCCGGGCCGCGGCGGCCGCCGUGGGGUUCUGGAGCAAGGGGGUGAAGGCCGACGAGGCCGCGGCCUCGGAGGGCGCCGCCGAGUGCUUCCAGUGCGGCCGCGAGCUCGAGGAGACGGCGCAGGACAGGGUGCUCCACUGGCUCGGCAGGUCGCCGCAGUUUGGUUCCCCCUGCUUCAACGCCAUGCAGAAGCACUUCCCCAACGCGCUGCCCUCCAAGGUGGUGCACAACCGUUCGAGAACCGUGCUCGAGGAGCAGUACGGCUUCAAGCCUGGGACCACCCUGCUAGGCAGCUCCUUCUGUCCCGACGAAAUCAACAAUCAGGAGCGUGAUCUGGCCUCCGUGAUGCGGAAGUACUACGGGCAGAUUUUCCCGAUGGGCGGUAUUGGCGGUGCACCGUACGUUGGGGAGACUGGCUUCGCGGCCUUCUCCAGCCACGUUGCAGACAAUGGCGACAUCAUCGUCGUGUUCGGCCCUCAUGUCGGCAUCUCGAUGGAGGGCGAGGUGGGCAAAUACCUGCGCGAGGGCCAGAGUGCCAAGUCGACUGCAUGCGGCGCCGUCAUCGGUGCCUAUAAAGCGUGCCUCUGUGGCGCAGCCGGCACGUCGCCCGAGAUGGACGAAGCGGAUAUGCAGAUGAGCGAAAUCAAGCAGGAGUUCGCCCCCCACGCGGAGAAGCUGUCCAAGAGCAGCGAGCCCAUGGCCGCGUGCGCCUACCAGGCGUACGAGAUGGUCAAGGACCGUAUGCUGCGCAUCGUCAAUACCAAGUUCGGAAGCGGUCGCCUGGUGCUGAUCGGGGGCAUCCAGCUGAACAUGCCGUACCCGGAGUUCGACGACCAUUUUUUCCCGCUCAUGUUCGAGAUCCGCCAGGAGGGCAAGGACACCAUCGACCUUAUGAGUUCAUUCACCAACGUGGCCAUCCAGCAGGACCUGACGCGGUCGCCCUGGGCCUCCGUAGGGGCACAGCGAGAGGUGUUUGCGUGGCUCACUUGGAGCCCGCCGGCGGUGUCGCCCGUGUACCAGGCGCUGCACAAGUUCUUCCCCGACGCUCUUCCGGGCGAGGCGGUCCACCGGCGGUCCACGCUGAUCCUCGAGAGAUACGGUUUCAAGUCCCAGAACACGCUGCUGGGUACCUCGUUCUGCUCGGAUGAGAUUAACAAUCAGUCCGACUGCCUGGCCGUGCUCCUGCAGGACUACUGGGGCGACGUGUUCCCCAUGGGCGGCAUCAGCGGCACGCCCUUCACGGGGAGAACUGGUUUCGCUGCGUUCUCCAGCCACGUCGCCGACGAGGGCAACAUUCUGGUCGCCUUCGGGCCGCACGUCGGCAUCUCCGAGGACGGCGAGGUGGGCAAGAUCCCGCGCAAGGGCCAGGCCAACAUCUCCUCGGCGUGCGGGGCGGUGAUCGGCGCCUACAACGCGUGUCGCUGCGGCUGGACCGAGGACAGCUCGGACGCGUCGGGCUACGACAUGCAGAUGGACUUCUGCAAGCGUAAGAUCGCGCCCCACGCCGAUGCCAUCGCGAGGACGGAGAACCCGAUGGCCGCGCUGGCCCACCAGUCCUACCAGAUGGUCAAGGACUCCAUGAUGAGCUCCGUCAACACCAAGUUCGGGAGCGGCUACUUGUGUCUGCUUGGGGGCAUCCAGAUCAACAUGCCCCCCGGUAUCCCCGAUCACUUCUACCCCGUCACGUUCGAGCUUCGCAAAGAAGGCGAGCCGACUAUCGACCUGAUCCAGGAGAUGCGCGAUUUCAGCUGAGAACAGGCUGUCGCGCUGUGAAUUAUCCCUUACACGACUGCAGCACCGUGCACGCGCGGCGACUCGCAGACAUCACCGCGCGGAAACUAUCCGCCGCACGGGGUGUAAGUAAAUUCGUUUUUUAUAUAACCAGAAGCGUGCUGCACUUAGGAGUGGGUUCUAAAUCCAGUUCCGAAGAACAUAUGUUGGGAAGGCCUUGCGGCUGGUGCCGCCAACCAUGAAGGGGGACGACG